GUUCAUUCGGUCUGACUCAGAGGAGGAUGACGAUGACGACGAUGAGGAUGAUGAGGAUGAUGGCUGUCUGUCGGUAGAGGAGGUUGCGCCUUACAGAUGCUCGCACCGCUGCUCACGACUAAACACAAGAAGAACUGAAAUAGUCUGCAGCCCUCAGACCAACUGCUAAGUCUUAACAUCUCCUGUCUUUCUUUGGAUGCAGAAAAAGGCAACAAUCCAAUGAUGGACGGGUUUGCGGGGGACUUGCUGAGCGACAGCUCGGUGGUGGCCCGCAUGCAGAAGAAGUUCUGGAAGACCAAGCAGGUGCUCAUCAAGGCCACGGGCAAGAAGGAGGACGAGUACGUGGUGGCGUCCGACGCCGACCUGGACGCCAAGCUGGAGUUCUUCCGCUCGGUUCAGUUCACCUGCACCGAGCUGCUGAAGGUGAUCGAGAAGUACCAGCACAGGAUUUCACGCUUGUCCCAGGAGGAGAACGAGUUUGGCAUGUUCCUGCGCUUCCAGGGCGAACAUGAUCGCACCAAGGCUGGAAACAUGAUGGACGCCACCAGCAAGGCCCUGUGCACCUCGGCCAAGCAGAGGAUGGCACUUUGCCCACCGCUACAACGUCUGUACCAGGAAGUGGAGACGUUCCGGCGACGCGCCAUCGCCGACACGCUGCUGACGGUGAGUCGUAUGGAGAAGUCCCGCACGGAGUACAGAGGAGCGCUGCUCUGGAUGAAAGACAUUUCCCAGGAGCUGGACCCGGACACCUACAAACAGCUGGAAAAGUUCCGAAAGGUCCAAGCUCAGGUCCGAGGCUCCAAGAGCCAGUUUGAGAAGCUGAAGAACGACGUGUGUCAGAAGGUGGACAUGCUGGGAGCGAGCCGCUGCAACAUGCUCUCCCACUCACUCUGCACAUACCAGACCACUCUGCUGCAUUUCUGGGAGAAGACGGCUCACACCAUGUCUGGAAUCCACGAGGCGUUCCAUGGACACGUACCGUACCAGUUCAACACACUCAAGGACCUGCGGGAUCCCCUGGAGCAGAUAACAGAGUUGGAGAAUCAGGCCAAGAAGAAGGUUCUACAGAGCAACACAGACGAUCUGGUUUCCCUGGAGGACGACAAGGCAUCAGGAAGUGCCUCUGACGCAGACUUCGCUCACAACUCUGAUGGAGGCAUCCAAACCAGAGACCGUGUGCACCGAGCCGCUCAGGACCACAGCGGAGCGGCAGCAGCCUCCAACGACGACGACCUGAUGCUCAUGACCUGUGACCUGCCACAGCUCCCGACCCUGACGGACGUCCCGCUGCAGCCCAAUCUCCUGCCUCCUCCUCAGGACGAAGACCAGGACGCGCUCUGGGGCUUCGCACGCCUCCGGUCCAGCCUCUCACAGCUGCCUGCCACCGGCUGCGGCACAGGGCCAAGACCCGAGGAGGAGGACAGCGAGAGGGGCGACAUGGCAUUCCUUAAAGAUCUGCUCAGCCCGGGUCCAGGAGCCUGCGAUGAGUUCAGCAAAGAGUGGCAGGACGCCUUCGGGAUGUUCGACCCUCCCCGAGUCCCGCCCACAGACACGGGGACAACAAGUGGCGGGCAAGUGGCGAGUCAGCCCACCCCCACCGGCUUCCUGCCCUCCCAGCUACUGGAUCACAGUCUGAGCGCCACAGGCUGGUCAACACCUCCCAUGUUCAAAGCUCCGCCCCUGCAGACUUCUGCUGAUCAGAUCCAAUCAGCUCUGUCGACUCAAAGCUCAGCCGCUGAUGCUGCUCCAGGUGGAUCCAAAGACAUGUCUGCCUGGUUCAACCUGUUUGCAGACCUGGACCCUCUCUCCAACCCAGACGCCAUUGGACGCUCGGCAGACGAGCUGCUCAAUGCCUGAAGCUCUGUGUGUGUGUGUGUGUGUGUGUGUGUGUGUGUGUGUGUGUGUGUGUGUGUGUGUGUGUGUGUGUGGGUGUGGGUGUGGGUGUGUGUGUGUGUGUGUGUGUACCAGUGUAUGAAAUCUCUCCAAGGAUCACAGAAACAUUUCAUGCCAACAAGUAAAGUAUCUCAUGAUAACAGUUAUUAUUCACACACGCAGCUGCAUUUCUGUUACAAGGAGACGUGCGACACGUGUACACCACUGAACACACACUCGUGUUGUUGUUACACUGGGAGAAGCAAACUGUCGAUGUGGAGACGACAACAAACCUCACAUGGUUUGUUACUUUUCAUCGUUUGCUUGUGCAGACAGGACGAUUGUGUUACAGGUUUAUUUACGACAGCAUUGUGUGCUUCUGUCUUUCAUUGGUGUUUACGUUGUGUUUACUGAUUAACACUGCCGUGUGUGUGUGUGUGUGUGUGUGUGUGUGUGUGUGUGUGUGUGUGUGUGUGUGUGUGUGUGUGUGUGUGUGUGUGUGUGUGUGUGUGUGUGUGUGUGUGUGUGUGUGUGUGUGUGUGUGUGUGUGUGUGUGUGUGUGUGUGUGUGUGUGCGCACGCACGCGCGCGCCCCACAAGGGACCCAGGAUAUAAAAGUAUAUUUAAUAUCUAUAAUGUAGUUGUAUGUCGUAGCACACCAUUGUCACUAAUGAAUGUUUGUACGAGAUGAGACACUCGACCGUGAGUCCACCACUCGACUGUGUUUGCACACGAGAAGCUCAAACUGCACUAAAAGAAAUCCAGACGUGUCGGAGAGGAGCUGCAGGAACGUAAACCUUCACCCAAAUUAAAAUUAUGAGCAGAAUACAUCUCCUGUAAGUGAACUACAGCGAAAUUGGCUUCAGACGCUCACGUUCCCCUCAGAUGUGCAGAUCAGCUACUGUAAGCAUCUUAACAUGCUAAAGGAAGUUUAAGUAUAUUUAUCAAUUUCCAUUAAAAAACUGACUUUUAUUUACAAUUUUAAGCCAAAAAGAGCUAAUACCAGGGCAGAGUUAGUGUAGCGUAGCUUAGCAGUCACCGUUACCUCCCAAGAAAAUCCACAACUUGACUGAAACUAUCGUCUGUGCAGCUUAACCGCUCCGUGAUACUGGAAGGUCGCUGGUCUGAAGCCACUGAUGACCUGUGACCUUUGACCUUUGGUGUCAGAUAACGGGCGCGGUGGCGAUCCUGUUACCGACCUGCGGCCCAGACUCUGUUGAGCCGAGCGUUUGAAAUCAUCUCCCGUCCCAUCGGUCGUCGACAUAUCACAAUCACGAGUCCACGGCCAAGAAACAAAAUGUGUGCUGAAACAUUUAUUAAGUAAUAAUUUUUCUCUAGGAGGAAGUGGGACAAAGGGAUGUGAUUAUUUUUAAUGGGUCAUUUUAAGUCCUGCAGAAUCUACUAUACAAAUCAUCAGGACCUGAAGCUGCAGCGAAAUGUAUUUAUUUUCAGAUUAUAUCAAUGUUCAGAUAAUUAAAGCAACACUAUUCAAUAACACUGUAAAAAAUACUGAAUAUUUUGAGCUGUGUGUUGUGUAUUUUUGAAAAUUCACAUGGAUAUUUUUUUUUUUGAAAUAUUCACACUGUAUGAAAUAUAUUUCUGAUUUACCUGAUGUGGAUUUAUGUCUCAAUGGUUAUAUUUGUUUUUUGGGGGGGUCACACUUAUGAAAGCUAAGGUGAUCAGAGUGCAUUAUGGGAGGAAUUUGUCAAGGUUUGUGGGUCAGACAAAAGCUGCAUAUUAAUAUCUGCUUGUUUUGGGGGGAGGGGAUUAACCCCGACUAUUGUUUCUUUGUUUUCGGGGUCACAGGGGAAACUACUGUCACCUCAUUUAUUAUACUUUUUACACACUUCCAAACAAUGAAUGUAUUUCUCAAAUCAAUCACAGAUACUUACUUUAAUUCAACUAUGCCUUUUUAUUUGACUGGAGGAGUUGAACAGAUGAAAACUCUGCAGUUCUGUUUCCAAUAAACUGGACAAGCAAACUAAA